GGGGGCAGAAUGGCACAUCACACCAUCAAUCAAACAGCCCCACUCCCCCAUUGCUCAAGCAUUUAUUGCUUCUACCCAAAACCAAAUGCUAAAAAGCGCAGCAUCUCUCUCCUCUUUCUCCCUCUACUCCUCCCCUCCAACCCCAUACUACUCCAAUACUACUACACUACACCUCUGCCAAGAUUGUUUCUUUCGAUUCCUUCUUCAGCUGUUCCAGCAAAUCUGCUUUUCUGUUCCAGGGUUUUUCUUCUCUUUUUCUUGAUUGCGCCAACAGUCUUAGCUCAAGAAGAUGCCCAGGCCAGGACCCAGACCUUACGAGUGCGUGCGAAGAGCUUGGCAUAGUGAAAGGCACCAGCCCAUCAGAGGUUUGGUUAUCCAACAGAUUUUCAGGCUUGUACAUGAUAAUCACUCCGCUGCAACUAAAAAGAACAAAGAAUGGCAGGAGAAGCUGCCUAUUGUGGUCUUGAAAGCGGAGGAAAUCAUGUACUCCAAAGCCAACUCUGAGGCUGAAUACUCCAAUAUUGAGACGCUAUGGGACCGUGUGAAUGAUGCCGUCGACACAAUUAUUCGGAAAGACGACACCACGGAGACUGGGGAGCUUCUGCCUCCGUGUGUUGAAGCUGCACUUAACCUAGGGUGUGUACCGGUAAGGGCAUCCAGAAGCCAAAGGCACAAUAAUCCGAGAACUUACCUCAGACCUUCCUAUCAAGAAUGCAAUAAUAGCAUGUCUCCGAGGUUCCUAAAUGACAAUGUGAAUGAGCGGAAUCCUGAUUUGAUGCCUGCCCAAACCACCAGUAGCUCCAUGCUCAAGAUGCCCCAACAUGUGGAUUCCGCCCGUCUAGUUUGGGAGUCUAACAAGCGAAUUGCACCAAUUAGUACUAACCAGCACAUUGCUUCUUCAUUUGAGAAGCUUCAUUGUAUUGGCAAUAAGAAUGGUGUUGAACUGGAGUGUAAUGCUUCUCUGAGUAGAACCUCGGUGUACCCCUUGUACUACGGGAUGACUUUCAAACCCGAGGUUCGUCAAUUGGGAUUUCAGGAAGCUCAGAAGUCAGAUUCUGUGAUUAUUGGCGUGCCGGUGUUUUCAUCACCUGCUGAACCUGCUGCUGAAGGCGGGUGCUUACAGAAUCUAUUCCCGUAUGGCGAAGAUAAAUUUUUGGGGAAAAGGACAUGUGAAGUAGCUUCCAAGGAUAGCAAAGGGAAGGGACCUCAGGCCGGCUUUGACUUGUCCCUGAGGUUGGGGCUCUUUUCUGACUCGAAUUCGAGCAGGGAAAAGGUCUCUGGUUUUGUUACUGAUAGCCUCGGUCGUAGGGUAUCUCCGUAUGAAGGGCUGCCCGUGGAGAAGGAGUUCCCUUUCUUUCCUAUGGAGUCUGCUCAUAACCCCACACAGUUGCAUAACAGUAAGCAGAACGAAGAGAGUGAGAAUCAGAAUGCGGAAUUAGUUUCUAGGAAGCGUAAGCUAUCUUUUAGUGGAGAUUUAGGAAAUGAUCAAUUUUUCUGGUCACAGGAUUCAACUAACCAUUUUGUUGGUCAAAUGAGAAGACCUGAUUGCAUGUAUAUGCAGUUGGGAGUCCUUUCUUGACUUCUCUGCCCAAGUUCUUGACAGGAAAGUAUCAGAAGCAGUUGGUGAAAGUUAAUGGGACCUGCAUCCGAGGUCCUACGGUAAUGGUAAAUUACAUGUUUUAGGAGAAUAGUAUGAUCCUAUGGAAAUUAGUUUUUAUCUUAUCUCUAGGAUUCAUAUUCCAUUUAUUAUGCAUUUAAAACAUGACAGCAGAGGCAGCAGCAAAUUGUAAGUGUAACUGCAUAUUCAAUUAUUAAGUAGCAAAAGUUAUUCUUCUUGAUA